AUGGAACAGCGAUAUCAACAGCAACAACAGAAUGAACGGCCUCCACCCCGCAAGCGGAGACGGCCAGCCUUAUCGUGCGUCCAGUGCCGCCAGCGGAAGAUCCGCUGUGACAGGACGCAGCCUUGCAAAAACUGUUCCACUGCUUUGGUGCAGUGCUUGUACCAGCCUUUCGUCAACUCGCCCGUCGUGACUCGACUACCAUCAGGCGAGCCAACGAGUGGUAUCAGCGGCUCGGAUGUCCAGUAUCCGGCCUCUGUAGAACAUGAUUCUCGAGCCGCCGAAGGCUAUGCGAGGCAAAGCAGUUAUCCAAUUAUCUCGCAGCUUGAGGCUGCAGCGAAGGAGUCUUCCGAUCCCAGCACCUCAAGCAAAAAUGUAGGCACAUCAUCGCUUGGUGCUACUGGAAGCGGCCUUGACCUUCGAUAUCAGAUCCUCAAGGAACGCCCUGCGGAUCGUCCCCUGCAACCGGGAUUAGAAGAGUCUGGAUGGCACAUCCUCAAGCAACAAGUUGGCCUGAAAGACUCUGACGUACCCCUGAACAAACAUCGCCCUCCUCGAUGGAGCGAGUGGCUUGGUACAGCACCCGAGUUCUCCACUAUUUACUCAUGCUACGCUGCAGCCGGUGGCGCUGAUGUCUUUGCAAAUUGGUUUCAAGAUGCGGAAACAGCUCCUUUGAUCCCCCGAAUAUCAGAGCUACUGCAACGAGCCAAAAAUGUAGCUGUGAAGAUCAAGUCUUCACGACCUAGCAGAGCAUCCUUGCAAAUCACAGCGGGAGACCUCACUCCGCCAGCUCGUGACGUGGCGGAUGCCAUGGUCGAGCUAUAUUUUCAAUCAUUUGAAUCCACAUACCGCAUUCUCCACCGAUCUAGCUUCCGCCAUGAGUACGAGAAGUUCUGGGCAUCGCCAGACGCCGCACCGGCCAACUUGCGUUUGAAGGUUCUUCUAGUGGUCGCAAUUGGUGCAAGCAUUCACGAGGAUAUCGACAAAGAUCCGCAGUUCUACAAUACAGCAUUCCGAUGGAUAUGUGCCGCUCAGGAUUGGCUACUGGCGCCGUCCGAAAAAGCUCGUCUUGACAUCACCGGCAUCCAGAUCCACUGUCUUACGUUCCUUGCGCGACAGAUCUACUCACCAAGCGCAGAUCUCGUGUGGAUAUCUGUCGGCAAUAUGGUUAACGCUGCUAUACAGCUUGGCCUACAUCGCGACCCGAAAUAUAUCGCCGCAACAUCACUGCUCGAGGCAGAGCUCCGCAGACGGUUGUGGGCGACCAUAGUCGAGAUGGAGAUGCAGACAUCGAUGGAUACUGCUAUGACGGUUCGUGUACGCUUGGACGACUUCGACACUGAGCCGCCUUCCCACAUCAACGACCACGAGAUUGAUGAGGAGACCAAAGAAAUCAGACCACACCCUCGUGCCGAGUACACGGAGACUUCUCUGCAGCUGCUUCUUCUUGACACUAGGCCUAUCAGACUCCAAAUCCUUCAGUUGUUGAACGGACCGCACUCCAAGUUUCUCUAUGCAGACGCUCUGGCCCUCAGCAAAGAGUUGACGAACGCACAUCGGACGUUCAGCAAGUUCAUACAGGACAACUCGCGGUCUGGCCUCACAGCGUUUCAUCGCAACUUGGUCGACUAUUGUGUUUGUCGAUUUCUCAUACCACUGCACGGUCCAUUCGCCAGCAAAGCAAGAACAAAUCCACUCUUUCACUACUCGCGCCGAGUCAGCGUCGACGCGGCCAUGGCUAUUGUGUCACCAGAGCCUUGUGAACCAUACACCAGAUUGAUGACUCUCGGCGGCAACCUUCUCAGAGAGGGACUUCGUUGUGCCAUCACUGCCAUCAAUCUUGAAUUGGUCGUUCAAGCCGAUUCCGAUCGCCUUGAUGGCACUCUACAUCGUCCAUCCCCCUUUACUGAAGUCUUGAAGAAAGCUGUCAAAGAUAUGAUGGCAUUGUCCGAAGAGCAGAUCAAGAAACACGAAACGAACGUCAAGCUUCACACUCUACUCGCUUCGGUCUUAGCCAUUGUUGAUGCUGGAUCAGACGCUUCAGUGAGGAAGCGUGUCGCGCAAGCAGCGAUUGACAGCAUGGAGCAUUGCCUUGGCCUGCUUGAAAGUGUCGUCGAAACAAUCCCAACGCCUACUUCAUCAUCAGUCUCUAGCGUCGACUUUGGACUCACAGACUGGGACCUGGAUUGGAACAUGGACAUUCUGAUGCCUGAUAUGGGCGGCUUCUGGGGAUCAAAGAGUGGAGCACACUCGAAUGGUUUGCUUCGGUGA